AUGGUGCCCGAUCCCGCCGCCGCCGCCACCCUGGCGGCGGCUGACGCGGUGCCGUUCUCGCGUCUAGUGUGGUGGUCAACCAUCCCCGUCAUCAAGGUCUUCAUAAUGGGCCUCUGCGGCGCAGCGCUCGCGCGGCAGGGCGUCCUCGAUUCCGACGGCCGCCGCAUCCUCAGCCGCCUCACCUUUGUGCUCUUCACGCCCUGCCUCACAUUCGACAAGCUGGCGCCAGUGCUUUCCGCCGACAACCUCCUGAAAUGGAUGCCGCUGCCCAUAAACGUGGCGCUCAGCGUCGCCGUCGGCCUCGCGCUCGGCGCGGCCCUGGCGCCCGCUGCGCCGCCCUGGUUCCGGCGCCACGUGGUGGCCGCUACUGGGCUGGGCAACGUGGGCAACCUGCCGCUCGUGCUGGUGGCAGCGCUGGUACACGAGGCGGGCGGCAGCUUAGGGCAGGACGCAACUGUGGAGAGGGGGGUGGCCUAUGUGGCUCUGGGCAUCGUCGUCGCCAACUUCUCACACUUGUGA